AUGGGUUUGUCUCUCAACAUCCGUAAAUGUAGAUCUAUGUCGUUUUACCGAUCAUGUUCACCAAUAAACUUUGAUUAUAAUAUCAAUGGACAUAAUCUUCAAAAAAUAGGAAGCACAGUCAAAGACUUGGAUAUAGUUUUUGAUAUUAAAUUAAAAUUUUAUCCACACAUAGAAUCAUCCAGUAGUAAAGCACUAAAAAUUCUCGGUUAUGUAAAACGAGUUUGUAUUCAGUUUAAAUUGAUUACACUUAUCAAAUUAUUAUAUUGUGCCUUGGUUCGCUCCGUGCUUGAAUAUGGAUCAGUAUUGUUUGAUCCGCAUGUAAUCAGUCACAGUUAUAUCUUAGAACGCGUACAGCGUAAAUUUUUAAACUUUGCAGGACAUAUAUUGAAAAUUCCGCAUCAGCCACAUGAUUAUUCUCCAGUUCAUUCCUCUCUACAAUUAUCUUCGUUGGCUGACAAGAGGAUUCAAGCUAAUUCAACUUUUCUUACCAAAUUACUCUCAGGAAAAAUUGAUUCACCUGAUCUCCUCUCCGGCAUACAUUUUAAAAUCCUUUCUGUGGACACACGUUUUAACCAUCCGUUUUAUAUUCCUGUUUGCAAAACUAAUUAUGCUGCUAAUGAUCCGCUUAUAAGAAUAAUGAGGAUUGCUAAUACCGACCCAUCUCAUUCUCUUAUUUAA